GGGGGGAGCUGCAGGUGAUUUAAAGGUAUGCCUUGUAGAUCGAGCACCAGUGACGCUACACGUGGGCAGAUCUUGAAGCCAAACGAAGAUGGCCAACAAAGUAGCAUUUUUAACCCUUCUUGCGAUGGCCGUUGCAGCCUCUGGCUACGGAAAGGGGGGGGAUUCUCGACUCUGCGUCCAGCACUGUACCAUCAUAUCCCCUGUGUGUGGCUCUGAUGGAAAAACUUAUGACAGCCGAUGCCACUUGCAGAAUGCAGCCUGUGGUGGCGUGCGUGUCACUUUCCACCAUGCCGGACCCUGCUAUCCCCCAAAGAGAUGUCCACAAGCAUGCCCCUUUAUAUACGACCCUGUGUGCGGGACCAACGGGAAAACUUACUCGAACUCAUGCGAACUUGAGAAUGACAGAACCUGCAACGGUGCUUACGUUUCCAAGAAGCAUGAUGGACCUUGUGUUGACAGGAAGACGGGAUAUUAAAGAGAACAGCAAGAGCACAGAAGGAAUUUUCCCUUUUUUGUCAAAAUUUAGUCUUUCGUAGAUGAUGAAUUUAAUCAUCAAUGGAAAUUAAAUUGUAAGUUUUAUCUUAUAUAUGCACCAUAUGAUGAACUGUAUAUCAAAUUGUAAUUAAUUUGGUCUUUUACUCUCUAAUACCUUUUGUUUAUUACAACACAAUUCAAACGAUUAUUCACUAUUAUGCAUUAUUUAUCACUGUUAUAUCUGUUCUAUAUUAUUCAUCUUUAUAAUAGUAUAUUCCAAAGCACUUCAAUCGCUUUCAAAAUUGACCAGGUUUUUUGUCUUAUUUACUUCAGUGAAUAAAUGAAUAA